AUGGGAAAAUUAAUUCGCCUUGAGCUUUUCAAUUUCAAGUCCUACAAGGGACAUCACACAUUGCUAUUCGGAGAUGCGUACUUCACGUCUAUCAUCGGUCCAAAUGGAUCUGGUAAAUCGAAUUCAAUGGAUGCGAUUUCAUUCGUUCUAGGAAUCAAGUCUUCUCACCUGCGAUCGACAAAUCUUCGCGAUCUCGUCUACCGUGGCCGAGUUUUGCGCACGUCCAAAGUUGAUGGAGAUCCUGCCGCCAACGGAGAUAACGAAGAAGAACAAGAUGAUGACGCCGACAACGUGGAUGCAUCUCAGGAUGGCGGCUCAAAUGACCCCAAGACCGCUUGGGUCAUGGCUGUUUACGAGGAUGAUGCCGGUGAAGAACAGCAAUGGCGACGUUCCAUCACCAGUUCAGGUGUCAGCGAGUACCGCAUCAACAGCAAGGUCGUGAACGCCCAGCAAUACAAUGAAGCUCUGGAGGAGGAAAACAUUCUGAUUCGCGCGCGCAACUUCCUUGUGUUUCAAGGAGAUGUUGAGGCCAUUGCCUCGCAAUCACCAAAGGAUCUCACCCGUUUAAUCGAACAGAUCUCUGGUUCCCUGGAGUACAAGGCCGACUACGAGAAACUGAAGGCGGAGGCGGAAGAAGCUGCCGAGCAACAGACAGUCCAACUCAAUCGUCGACGAGGUAUCAACUCCGAAGUCAAGCAAUACCAGGAGCAGAAACGAGAGGCCGAGAACUAUGCGAAGAAGGCUGAGGAGCGCGAUCAAGCCAUCAUUACCCACAUUCUGUGGAAGCUCUUCCACUUCCAGCGCCUGAUUGAUGACUCCAGUGCCGACAUUCAAAAAUACCAGGACGAGCUCAAGGAAUAUCGCCGUGAAGUUGAGAAAUACGAACAGAACGUCGAAGAUGCCAAGAAGGAGCACGCCCGUGUGGGCCGAGAUGUUGGAAAGGCCGAGAAGAACAUCGUCAAAAAAGAGAAGGAGAUUGAAGAACUCAACAACUCCCUGGUACCAGUCAACGAGAAAGUCGAAAUCACUCAGAAAAAGGUCGAGCGAUAUGCUUCGAAAAUCGAUGAGAUCAGUAAGGAGCGCGCAGGCUACUCGGACGCAACCAAAAAGCUCGAUAAGGACUUGAAGCUCGUGGAGAAGGCCCAGGCUCAGUGGGAGGCUGAAUGGCAGAAGACCAUGAGCAAGCAGGGCACACAGUUGAGCGAAGCUGACCAGCAAGAAUAUCACAAACUACGGGACGAGGUUAGCAAGCGUUCAUCUGCAGAUCAGCUGAACCUAGACAAUCUACGAAGACAGAGAAAGACAGAGGCAGAAGCUGUCAAUAGUCUCAAAGGAAAAUUCGAGAACACAGAAUGGCAGCUCAAGACCCUUGAAACCGACUCGGAGCAGAUGAAUGGGCGCAAGAAGACGUUGAAUGAGUCGAUCAAAACCACAUCCAAAGAUAUCGAUCACAAGAAGAAGGAGCUGAAUACCUUGUCUUCAGAGCGUUUGAAGGUCUCGCAGAUGAGGACAGAGCUUGAAGAGAAGUUGCAGGUCGUUCUGAGAAAGCUGCUCGAAGCCGAUGAUGGCAAGAAGCAAACUGAGCGUGAGCUUCGCGCCAAGGAGCUAAUCUCCACUCUCAAGCGUAUCUUCCCUGGUGUCAAGGGUCGCGUGAGUGAUUUGUGCCGCCCAAAGCAGAAAAAGUAUGCCGAAGCAGUCAGCACUGUGUUGGGUCGCCAUUUCGAUGCUAUUGUCGUGGACAAUGAAAAGACCGCCAAGGAAUGCAUCCAACAUUUGCGUGAUCAGCGUGCAGGCCAAGCGACAUUUGUUCCCCUUGAAACUAUCCAAGUCAAGGCCUUGAACUCGAAUUUGAAGGGUAUGCACCGAAACAUGCGCCCUGCAAUUGAGACCGUUGACUACGAUGAAUCAGUAUCGCGUGCCAUUAGCUACGCCUGUGGAAACUCGAUUGUCUGUGACGAUUUGGCAACCGCGAAGUAUCUCUGCUAUGAAAGAAAUGUCGAUGCCAAAGCUGUUACUCUGGAUGGAACCGUUAUCCACAAGGGUGGUCUCAUGACUGGUGGUCGAGGUCCGCAACAGAACUCCAAGCGCUGGGAGGAUUCGGAAGUAGAGAAUCUCCAUAAGCUAAAGGAGAAGUUGGUCAGCGAUCUUAAGACCUUGCCCAAGAGCCAUCGCCGGGGCGGGGAGGAGGAGACCUUACAGGGCGAGCUUGUGGGUCUAGAACAGCGUUUAGCCUACGCGAAGGAAGAGUUGAAGGCCCUUGACCGGAACAUAAAGAGCAAGCGCAGCGAGAUAGACUUCGUCAAGCGUCAGUUGGAAGACCUACGACCCAAAUACACUGAACGGAAGGAGAAUCUCGAUGAAUUGGAUGAAACCAUUGAGACAUCCCAGUCUUCGGUCAGCGAAGUCGAAGAUGAAAUUUACCGCGAGUUCUGCGAGCGUCUUGGAUACGAUGAUAUUCGUGAAUACGAGGCCCACCAGGGUUCACUGCAGGAGGAGGCAGCACAGAAGAAACUCGAGUUCACAACCCAAAAGAGUCGUAUUGAAAACCAGCUCAGCUUCGAGAAGCAGCGAGUCCAAACCUCGCUUGAUCGAGUCAGCGGCCUGGAAGCUCAGUAUGAGCGUGACAUGGCUCUGAUUGAGGAGCUCAAGAGUGAACAGGAUGAGAUUCGAAACAAAUUGGACGAGUUCGAUGCCGAGCUUGAUCUUCUGCGUGAGAACCUUGAGCAGCAGAAGGAGGUUUAUACUCAGUCAGGAGAGAACCUUGCUGAGCAGCGCAGAGAACUUCAAAAGCGCAGCAAGCACGUCGAGGGAGCUCUCAAGAACAUCAAUGGACUUGAGUCUGAGAUUCAGCGGAACUCAUCAAGCCGUUAUGCUCUUCUGCGACGAUGCAAGCUCGAAGAUAUCGAUAUCCCGUUGACCGACGCAUCUAAAUUCCUGGAUAAGCUUCCUAUUGAUGACUUGGUGCAAGGUGCAGACCCAGAUGCUAUGGAUGUGGACGACGCCGAUGAUCCUGAUGAGCAGGGACCGGUGGUUCAGGAUUAUGGAAUCGAGGUUGAUUUCGACUCACUUGGAGACACUCUCAAAGAGGAGUCCGACGAUAAGCUUGAAGAAGAGCUAUCGGAGAAGAUACGCGCUCUCAACAGCGAGCUUGAUAAGAUGGCACCCAAUACCAGGGCUUUGGAGCGUCUCGAGACUGUUGAGAACAAGCUUCGUAGCACUGAGAAGGAUUUCGAAGAUGCACGAAAGCACGCCAAAAAGGCGAAGGACGAGUUUGAAAACGUAAUGAAGCAGCGCUCUGAUCUUUUCAAUAAGGCCUUCACCCACAUUUCGGAGCAAAUCGGCCCCAUUUACCGAGAAUUAACACGCAGUGCCAACUACCCAUUGGGUGGACAAGCAUAUCUCGAUAUUGAGGACUCGGAUGAGCCCUACCUUGAUGGAAUCAAAUACCAUGCCAUGCCUCCUCUCAAGCGUUUCCGUGAUAUGGAACACCUGUCAGGUGGUGAGAAGACCAUGGCAGCACUUGCUCUUCUGUUCGCGAUUCACUCAUACCAGCCAUCGCCCUUCUUCGUGUUGGACGAGGUUGAUGCGGCCCUCGAUAACACUAAUGUCGCCCGGAUUGCGAACUACAUUCAGGAUCACGCUGCCCCUGGCAUGCAGUUCAUCGUCAUCAGUUUGAAGACUGGCUUGUUCCAGAACAGUGAAGCUCUAGUCGGAAUCUACAGAGAUCAGGUCGAGAACAGCAGUAAAUCUCUGACGCUUGAUCUCCGCAAAUACACCUGA